CAUUCAGGUGUGUACUGAAGGUGAAGUCUGUUCUCCUUUCAUUUUCAUACACGGUGUGUAUCCGUGUUCCUGCGGGAUUUUUGUUUCACGGUGUCAUAAAGCAGUGAAGUUUCUUUGCUCGACCUUUCAGUCAUGUAUUUUCAGAUAUGAAGCUCUCCGUGUGCUGGUGCUGUUGGAUUCUUUGGGGUUGUUUUGCCGUCGCAGACGAUGACAAGAUCAAUCCUAUUAUUACUGAGGAGCAGUUGCUGUGGGUUGGCGGCGGGGCCGGGAAGGUGCACACAUACCGGAUUCCCCUGCUGAGCUUCACCCCCCGUGGACAUUUGGUGGCGUUUGCAGAGGCUCGAAAGACAUCCUCAACUGACAUGGAGGCCAAAUUUAUAGCCAUGCGACGCUCAACAGACAAAGGAGCUACGUGGUCUCCUACUACCUUCAUAGUGGACGAUGGGAUUCACACUGAUGGCUCAAACUUGGGCUCUGUCGUUGUGGAUGAAGAAACGGGAUCCCUGAUGCUGAUCUAUUCUCUGUGCUUCUACCGAUACCAAUGCAGCCCUUCUAGCACCAUGUUAGUGGAGAGUCUGGAUGAUGGCGUGACCUGGAGCGCUCCUCGCAAUCUCUCUGUCCAUCUUGGGGUCAAGAGCUUCAUCCCAGGGCCAGGAUUUGGCAUUCAGAAACGCCACCCACCUGCGAAGGGCCGUUUGGUGGUGUGUGGUCACGGCACUAUCGAGGGCGACGGGGUUUUCUGUAUCCUGAGCGACGAUCACGGGCGCACGUGGAGGAACGGAGGCUCACUGAAGAGCGUCCCUUAUAACCAGCCCAAACAGAGCCAGGACUUCAACCCUGAUGAAUGUCAGCCGGUGGAGCUGCAGGACGGCAGCAUCGCGAUCAACGUGCGGAACCAGAACAACUACCACUGCCGCUGCAGGAUGGUGGUGCGCAGCCUGGACGGAGGAGAGACUCUGCCCGUGGAGGAGCUGAAGUUCGACCACACGCUGGUGGAUCCCGUAGUGGCGGCUGGAGCUCUGCAGAAGGAGGACGUGCUGUUCUUCAGCAACCCGGCCAACUCCGAGAAGAGGGUGAAUCUGACUCUGCGCUGGUCUCUGACUGAUGGGAACUCAUGGGAAAAGAAUACUUUUCAGAUCUGGGAAGGGCCAAGUGGUUAUUCCUGUUUAACAUCUCUCAAAGAUGACAAGAAAUACAUCUUUGCCAUCUAUGAAAAAGGGCAUAAAGACUACUGCGAGACUGUCUCUUUAGCAAAAAUCAGUCUGUAUGGUGGCAUGUAGGAGCCAAACUUCUAUAGAGCACGGCUGUAGAGCCCAGCAUGACCAGCGUGCGAAUGUACAGUAGCAUUGCUGAUGAAGAAUUUCUGAAAUACUUGAACCAAUUUAGCUCUUCACCAGGGAUUAUUUCUUUAACGACGCAAUUCACACUUCUAAAUUACACUCUAAUGACUCGAAUUCCUAAUAACACGUUACUAAAUUUCCCCUUGGGGAUCAAUAAAGUACUCUCUAUCUCUAA